GUGGAUUUCGUCUGUACGACUGUUGCUAGGCAACGGGCUCGACACAUUAGAAGAAAGUCGUUCCUUGAUACAGUUUAUGCUUCUCAUGGUUAUUAUUUAGUUUGUUUUCCUACGGAUUAAAAAGUAGCCGAUGGAUUCUCCAUGUUCCAAUGAGGAGUCUAAAGUCGCUCCUCAAGUCUCGCUCAAGCUGGAGCCAUUCGUGCACCAAGUCGGCGGCCACUCGUCGAUGCUGUGCCUCGAUGAAGCCACGGUCGGAAAACCAUUACUUGUCAGAGAAAAGGCCUUCUAUGAAAACUUGCCAGAAAUUCUUGCUCCAUUUACUGCCCAGUACCGUGGAACAAUUCAGGUGACUUGCAACGAGGAUGCUGGUGGCUAUCUCACCCUGACCACCUUCCCUCCUGCAGGUUAUGUUGCUCAUGAAGGAACUAUGCCAGUCAAACACAGAAUAAAAUGGCAUCACGGUAUAUGCAUCGAUAUUGAGUGUGUGGAGACCUCCAGUGAUGAAGAUAUUUUUGAAGAUGAUACUAGUAUGACUCCAGUAAGUUCUUCACCAUGUGUGGAGCAUUCUAUCGAAAGGAGGCCAAGUCAUAGUCACAAUCCUUGGAUCCUGCACUGCCACAGGGGACACAUAGCCAAAAUGCUUGGGCUAGACGAGGAAUCCACCCACUCCCAGCAGAGCCAUUCACAGUGCCAUUUCGAAAAUUUGCCGUCCUUUGAGUUCCUUCUCCUGGAAAAUCUCACUUGGAGACGGAAACGACCUUGUGUUUUGGAUGUCAAAAUGGGAACUCGACAGUACGGAGAUGACGCUCCGGAAUCCAAACGCCGUAGUCAGAGUCUGAAAGUUGAGAAUUCUACUUCAGGUUCACUGGGAAUCCGGCUGUGCGGUAUGCAAGUCUUUCAGGUUACAACCAACAAGUAUUUGUGCCGUAAUAAAUACUAUGGCCGAUCAUUGACAGACGAUGGUCUCCGCAGUUCGUUGACGCAGUUCUUCCACAACGGUGAACGUCUACGAACCGACAUCUUUCUGCCUCUGUUGGAUCGGUUGAACAGGUUGUUGGCCGUUAUCAACCAGCUGGACUCUUACCGGCUCUUCACCAGCUCGUUGCUGAUCAUCUACGACGGCCUGGAUGGUCAGCCGAGUGAAAUUGACGUGCGUAUUAUUGAUUUCGCACACGCCACCCAACGAGACAUGACGGCCGAGUCACAGGUGUACACGGGACCGGACGACGGUUUUAUUUUCGGAUUGAAAAGUCUCGUCGACUUGAUUGAAGAGCUCUCAAAAGAAGAAUGAAGCGAAUAGCAUUUGCAAAAUAAUAAUAAAACAAAGAAAGAAAUCUAACGAUGGAGGAUUCAAAGAGAAAUGGGAAAAAGAAAAUAAGGGGUGCUUCCAGUUCUGACGGUUAUGUAAAACGGUUUCGCCCGCUUCGUCUCGCAGCCACCACCACCACCUGUCCGCACGUCAUUUGAUAUUGUUCUUUUGGCCCAGCCAAGUUCUGCGCGGCUGACACGGUAUCGGGGAGAACAUGUUUUUUGUUUGGAUUUUUUAAGAGAAAUGCUAGUCUGCUUCUUUUUCUUAUUAUUUUGUUGUUUUUCCUUCUUCCGGAACUCUCUUUGCUUUUAUGUCUUAAUAAUCUUCUCCCAAUAUUUGCCAUCGGGGUAGUUCUCGUCUAUCUAGGGAAGGAAGGAAGAAUGAAGAAGUUAUCAUUUCCCCCAUCAUCAUUCCACUUGUUUUAGUGAGUAGAAACAAAAAAACUGCUUUGCUGCUGCGGCGACACUUAUGGAGAUCAGGCGAAAACAUUUUCUGAUUGAGGAACCGGUGAUUUAGUGAGUCGUUAUUUCUUCUCUACUCUGAAUUUAUUAAAUUGGGAAAGUUUAAAAAAACCAAAAAAAAAAAACAGAACACCAACGCUUGCAUAUUUGCUAUCAUGGUCUUACUUAAAAAACAAAACAAAAAAAACGGUAUCGUUCCACUAAUGUUGCAGUCAUGGUUUAUCAUAUUUCUUUUUAAGCCAGAAACCGAAUACAUUGUUUUUUUCUUUUCA